AUGGAUCCUUGUGUUAUAGAAUUUAUUGGAGAAAAAUCCAUUAUUGGUGUUAUUCCAAAUUUCUCUUUCGAUCCACUGCAUCUUAUAUCCGGUAGUGUGGGUCCCUUUCGUGCCGGUAUGCCAGUGCAUGUUCCACUCUGGUUGGGCAUACAUUUGAGGAAACAACAAAAAUGUCGUAUAGUACCACCAGAAUGGAUGGAUAUGGAUCUGCUGGAGGAGAUAAAAGAAGAAGAAAAACGGUCCAAAUUCUUUACCAAAAUGCCAAGUGAACAUUAUAUGGUUGAAGCCCAAUUGAUUAUGAGCACGGCACCCGACGAUGUACCACGGUGUGAAGAAAUACGCACUGUCAUCAAAGAUAUAUUCGAUAUACGUGAAUCCAAAUUGCGUACCUCCAUUGAUGCCUUCAUUCGUGGUGAGGGUACCUAUGCUAAACUGGAUAAUUUAACAUUAUUGGAAAUGCAUAGUGUACGACCGAUAUUGCCGCAUUCAUUGGAUCAUAUUGCUCGAUAUCAACGCACAGCUGUUGCUACACAGCGGGAUACAUCAAUGUUGGGCCUCAAUUCCAGUACAAUGAAUUCUAGUUCAUUUUUAACACAAUAA